AUGACCAAGACCACGUCUACUGCUAGAGAGAAAGAGCUUCAGUACGAGGUGAACACAUUGAAGGCACGGGUUGAGCUUUACGAGAGCCAUAUCGCAUCACAAAACCAGCAUUCCCCAGGCCCCGGACCAUCAGCAAACCUUUCUCCAUGCUGGAAUACUCAACCCUCUAGGGGGAGUCGAGCAUCUUUUGAUGUCGCCAUGGACGGUCGACGUGGACAUAUUUGGCUUACCCAAAACCGCCAGAGAGCUUAUUCGCAGCAGGACCACCCAGAUCACCUUAUGACUCGCAGCAUAUCCAACCAUUCCGAGCUAGAUAUGCCGUACACAUAUGGUGGCGCGGCGACCUCGUUCACCAAUGCCCCGGGCUUUGUGAACGGGUCUUCUCGUGCCGCCUCGAUCAAUGGUCACUUGGCUAGUGUCCAUGAAAAUGACACUCUUCCAGAUGUAGGAGUUCAUCCCUGUAAUUAUCUUUCAACCCAUGAUUGGUACACUGAGCAGUCGUACUUGGCUUCAAAUGGGACUUAUUUGUCUCCAGAUGAAGCGCAGAGCAGCUUUGUACCUUCAGCUCCUCCCUCCAUGGUGUCUGGGUUCUCGGCCCUGGAGCCUACCCAGCCACUUACAAGACAGAAUAGCUCUUAUGGUGGCAGCAAUGGUGCAAAUAUGGUGAGGCUUCCGUCUUCUCAGUCUCAUCAUACGGACGAGCUUUCGCCUCACGACCCUCUGCAAACCACGGAUGUUGAGGAUCACUGCGCAAUGAGUGCCGUCUCUGACACCGACUUCCUCGCCAUGGGUUCUCGUUUCAGUAUGACUGGCCAGGAAUACCCUCCAUCUACUGGAAAUGCUACUCUACUAUUGCCCACCUCUGUCUCACAGUCGAUGGAACGCUCCGUUUCGAACACUAGUGUUUCCAGCGCACAGUCAACAGGCUCAAAUGCAGACCGUCGCCUAAAAGAGGCUCUGACACGCACUCUGAAGAAUGGCAGGACGAAUGUGAUUCGUCCCAAAGCCGAUAGCACGUUGCCCGCUAAGACUUCAACCACCGCACCACAGAAGAAAGCCGGCAAAAUCCCGCUGCAAAAGACUCCUUAUCAGCGGCCCAAGGGCCCAAAAGUCUUUUGCAACUUCUGCAACGAGCACCCCGAUGGCUUCCGUGGUGACCAUGAACUUCGCCGUCAUCUCAACGCUAAACACAAAGUUUUUGUCAAGAAAUAUGUGUGUCGAGAUCCAGAAACUGUUGGGAAAGUAUCCGAUGUCAAAGUUUUACAGCCAUUGUCGGAAUGCAAAGCUUGUUCUGCAGGCAAGCAGUACGGGGCGUACUAUAACGCUGCGGCACAUCUCCGCCGCACCCACUUCAAACCAAAAGCUCCUCGUGGGAAGAAUAAGAAACCCAAUGAUGAGAAGCGUGGAGGAAAAGGCGGCGGUGACUGGCCCGCCAUGUCUGAACUGAAACUUUGGUUCGAAGAAGUUGAAGUCCCCCUGGAUGAGGACGCCGAUGAGUGUCCUGUUAUCGCAGUCGCUGAUGACGAGGAUCCAUUUAUGAAAGAUGACAAUAACAUUGAUGGGGCGCUCGAUCAAGCAGUCGACGACGAUGCGUCUGAAUACGAUGCUGAGGGCGACUCUUUUAUGCCGUCGUGGAGCCCCCUGGCCGGCCUGGCUACACAAUAUCAAAAUGACGAUGUGUGCACCCUGAGAAACACCUCUGUUGAGAAUACACAAAUGGUUGAGCUCUCCUCUUUUGACCAAGUACACCCAAUUAACUACGUGGAUGAGUUUCCGUUGGCUGGGAAUGACACUGGCCCUUAUGACGCGGCUCUUUUGGAGUCUACUUCAUCCGCACCUGCCCCUGCCUUUUACACUCAGGAGUCCUACCAAUGGCCCAACGCGAUGUAA